UCUCAAAAAGCAAAACGCAAUGAUAAGUGUACAGCUUUGAGCUAUCUUAAACAAUUUUGAAAAUUUGUGUAUUUAGUUCAAAGUUCAAAGUGCCCAAGCUUCAAGAUGCAAAGUUCAAAAUCGUUUCUAAUACGCGAUCUACUGGGUGACCUAAUCAACCGGCGACAAACGGAUUCCGAGAUCGAAUUGUCUAACGAUGACUCGGACAUUGAUAUUGAGGAUCGCUCGACGCCUGACUCGACGGCGCAUGGCUGCCAGCAGGAUUUGCUGCUGUCGCAUCACUAUAACCACAACGAGGAGUCGAGCGUGGGUUCCUGCGGCACGGUUACACCGGGACCGGGCUCUGGUUCCGGCGCCGGCUUAAGCGCCGCUGCUGCUGCAGCUGGCAUGGCGGCGGGCCUACUGGCUGCCGCUGCUGUGGGCGGUGGCUCCGGAGCAGCAGGCGGUGCCGGCUCAGGCGGCGACAAUGCCGUGGGCGGCGGCAGCUAUGCCGAGCACAAGCUGCAGUUGAGCAAGAGCGGACGCAAGCCGCGCCGUCGACGCACAGCGUUCACGCACGCGCAGCUGGCGUACUUGGAGCGCAAGUUUCGCUGCCAGAAGUAUCUGAGCGUCGCCGAUCGCAGCGAUGUGGCCGAGACGCUGAGCCUGUCCGAGACGCAGGUGAAGACCUGGUACCAGAAUCGACGCACUAAGUGGAAGCGACAGAAUCAGCUGCGCCUGGAGCAGCUGCGCCAUCAGGCCACCCUAGAGAAGGACUUUGCGGUGCAGGAGAAUGGCGGCGGCAAUGCGCUCGGCUGCUGUCCCAGCGGCUUGUCCAGCUCGUUCAGUGCCGCCGCCGCCGCCGCUGCUGCCGCUGCCGCUGGCAAUCCGUGCAACUUCUUGACCUCGGCCGCCGCGGCUGCCAUAUUCCGCAACGUCAGCUACGUGCACGGCUGCCCCAUGUAGAGGAGCGGCAUGCCCCAAGACAUUUGCCAAUACCAACUCCAACCAGAGUCCAACCGAAUUCCACGUUUGCCUGUGUAAAUAUGAUGAUGAUGAUGUUAAGGAGGAUGAUGAUGAUAAUGAUGAUCAGAAUGAAUUUGUUUUCUUUUGUGCAAUACGAAUUUUUAUUUCUAACUAAAUGUCUACUUCAGUGCGUAAUCGAAUUAUCGAUCUAUCGCAUUUAUCGAUAAGUGUAUAAGAAUAUCCCAAUUCCCCUCACGUCUGCUCUUAUCAGUAAACCCUAGGCUUAGUCAAAUUAACUGUAAUAUAUACUCGCACGCUCACACACACUUAAACACACUCGUAUGUAACGGUAAUAACAAUUGUGAACUUUGUGCACUCGAUAAACGAUACUUUUUUUUUUUUUUGUGAAAAA